ACUCCAUCUCUCUCGAGGGUAAGCAUUUCUUUCAUGAUAGUUUCAUCAUCCACAGAAAAUGAAGAAAAAAGUACUUUUAAUGGGAAAAAGUGGUUCCGGCAAGACCAGCAUGCGUUCAAUCAUAUUUGCUAACUACAUUGCUAGAGACACUAGAAGAUUGGGAGCAACUAUUGAUGUUGAGCAUUCGCAUGUUCGUUUUCUCGGAAACCUGGUUCUUAAUCUAUGGGAUUGUGGCGGUCAAGAGGCUUUCAUGGAGACCUACUUCACGACACAGCGUGAUAACGUAUUCAGGAAUGUUGAGGUCCUUAUUUACGUGUUUGAUGUUGAGAGUAGAGAGCUGGAGAAGGACAUGCAUCAUUACCAGUCCUCACUGGAGGCCAUCAUUCAAAACUCACCCGAAGCUAAAGUUUUCUGUCUAAUACAUAAAAUGGAUCUUUUACCUGAAGACCAGAGGCAAAUGAUUUAUGAAAAGAGAGAAUCUGAGCUUGUUAAGAGAUCGUUGCCCCUUGAGUGUAAAUGUUUCAAGACAUCAAUAUGGGACGAGACACUUUACAAGGCCUGGUCCCAAAUAGUCCAUCUCCUCAUACCUAAUGUCAAUACACUUGAGAUGCAUCUUGACAGUUUUGCUGGUAUUCUUGAUGCUGAUGAGGUUCUCCUGUUUGAGAGAGCUACCUUCCUUGUCAUAGCUCAUUCUGUGAAGAGGCAACACAGUGAUAUUCAUAGAUUUGAAAAGAUCAGUAAUAUAGUCAAGCAGUUUAAACUGAGUUGCAGCAAACUUCAGGCUCAGUUCCAGAGCAUGGAAGUACGGAAUUCCCAGUUCUCUGCAUUUAUUGAUGUAUUUACUCCAAACACUUAUGUAAUGGUUAUCAUGUCUGACCCAACCAUACCGUCUGCUGUUACUCUUGUUAAUGUAAAAAAUGCUCGCAAGCAUUUUGAGAAAAUUGAGAAGAUGGAAGGAGGAGGAGGAUCCAUACCACCACUGUCCUAACAAGAGACUAUACUCCCCCUCUCUCUCUCUCUCACUCUUAUCCUCUCAUUAUUGUUUUAAUAAUAAUGUGGUUUAUAAUAAUAAAAAUAAUUAUUACCGCUGUAAUCGAAAAUUUUAAUGAUUUGCUGUGUUGUCACCCAGCUCUAAUUUUUGUAUGAGAAACCAUUGUAAAAAUAGUUGAAAA